GCGCGCCUUUUUUUUAACCACCCCGCCUUUUAGCCUUUGAUUCUCGUGCAUCUGCCUUUGCCCCGCGCACCAUCCGCGAUCGCGGGCCAUGGCGGCCUCCACGCCGGCCGGGCCGCGGAGCCGGGCUAGCAGCGCGGUGAGCACGCCGCUGAGCCCCACGCGCAUCUCGCGGCUGCAAGAGAAGGAGGAGCUGCGGCAGCUGAACGACCGCCUGGCCGUCUACAUCGACAAGGUGCGCAGCCUGGAAACGGAGAACAGCGCGCUGCAGCUGCAAGUGACGGAGCGCGAGGAGGUGCGCGGCCGCGAGCUCACCGGCCUCAAGGUGCUGUACGAGGCCGAGCUGGCCGACGCCCGCCGGGCGCUGGACGACACCGCGCACGAGCGCGCCAAGCUGCAGAUCGAGCUGGGCAAGAUCCGCGCCGAGUACGAGCAGCUCCUGUGCAGCUAUGCGAAAAAAGAAUCUGAUUUUAAUGGGGCCCAAAUCAAACUUCGAGACUUUGAAGCAGCCAUAAAUUCCAAAGAUGCUGCACUAGCCACGGCACUUGGUGAUAAGAAAAGUCUGGAAGGGCAAGUUGAGGAUUUGACAGAUCAGAUUGCACAGUUGGAAGCCUCGUUGGCUGCUGCCAAGAAACAGCUGGUAGACGAAACUUUACUUAAAGUGGAUCUUGAAAAUCGUUGUCAGAGUUUGCUUGAGGACUUGGAUUUCCGUAAAAAUAUAUAUGAAGAGGAAAUCAAUGAGACCAGAAGAAAACAUGAGACUCGCCUUGUUGAGGUGGAUUCUGGGCGACAAAUUGAGUAUGAACACAAACUGGCCCAAGCGCUUCAUGAAAUCAGAGAACAACACGAUGCACAAGUGAAAUUAUAUAAAGAGGAGCUUGAACAGACUUACCAUGCCAAACUUGAGAAUGCCAGGCUCUCCUCCGAGAUGAGCAGCUCUGCAGCCAACUCUGUAAGAGAAGAACUGACAGAAAGCCGGAUGCGGAUUGAAAGUCUCUCUUCCCAGCUUUCCAACCUACAGAAAGAGUCAAGAGCGUGGCUGGAUAGGAUGCAAGAACUGGAGGACACGCUGGCUAAGGAAAGAGAGAACUAUCGCAGGAUGCUGACUGACAAAGAGAGAGAAAUGGCAGAGAUAAGGGACCAGAUGCAGCAACAACUGAAUGAUUAUGAACAACUUCUGGAUGUUAAAUUGGCCCUCGACAUGGAAAUCAAUGCAUACAGGAAACUGCUGGAGGGUGAAGAAGAGAGGCUGAAACUUUCUCCCAGUCCUUCUUCUCGAGUGACAGUCUCUCGGGCAUCAUCAAGUCGUAGUAUACGCACAACCAGAGGAAAGAGGAAGAGAGUUGAUGUGGAAGAAUCUGAAGCCAGCAGUAGUGUCAGCAUCUCCCAUUCAGCAUCUGCUACUGGAAAUGUUUGUAUUGAGGAGAUAGAUGUGGAUGGCAAAUUUAUCCGCUUGAAGAAUACUUCAGAGCAGGAUCAACCACUGGGAGGCUGGGAGAUGAUCAGGAAAAUAGGAGAUACUUCUGCCACUUACAAAUAUACCUCAAGAUAUGUAUUAAAGGCAGGCCAGACUGUUACAAUCUGGGCUGCAAAUGCUGGGGUAGCUGCCAGCCCUCCUUCUGACCUCAUCUGGAAGAGCCAGAAUUCCUGGGGAACUGGCGAAGAUGUGAAAGUUAUAUUGAAAAACUCUCAGGGAGAGGAAGUUGCUCAGAGAAGCACUGUCUUCAAAACAAUUUUACGUGAAGGUGAAGAGGAGGAAGCUGAAGAAGAAGCAAUUGAGCCAGUUGAAGAGGAGGAUCUUUUCCACCAGCAGGGAGAUCCUAGGGCAGGCAACAGAAGCUGUGCCAUUAUGUAACUCCUCCAGUCAACCAACCAGCUUCCUCAAAUGAUGGUAACCCUUGCCUACAGAGCAGUCUUCUCAGAAGCACAACAUAUUUUUGUAUUUCCUUUGUGAAUUUUUAAGCUGCAAGUCUGAUGGCCUUAAUUUCCUUUGUCACUGAAAAGGAAGUUUUGUAAAAGAAACCAUAUCCAUAACUUUCUUGCAAGAUGUGAAUUGCUGACACUGAACUAUGUACUGUUUUGAAAAUGACUCCUCAUUUUUAGGUCAGGCUUUCUUUUUAUCUUUGUUAGAAGGGAAAUAUGCCACUGUGUUUGGGGGUUUGUUUUUUUUAGAUUACACCACUUAGAUUAGCCAUCUGCUGUUGACCUCUUUUUAUAUUAGGUGCUGUUGGGGAGGGGAAGCAUUUUCAAUGCUAUGAACUCUUUUGUACUGAAGACUCUUUUUGUGUUUUUACUACGCAAUCAAGUUAAUAAACUUUUAUAGAAAAACUUUG